AUUUGAGUGUGUACGAGCAGAGCUUCAUGCAAUGCUAGGCGUACUGUCAAGAACUGAACGAUUUUGUGCGUAAUUUUUUUUUGUAUUAACUGUGUUCGUGUGAGUUUCGUUUUGUAUCAAUAUUUUGUUUCAGCGCAUAAGGAAUUUUUUGAGGUGGCCGUUUUCCAAUUUUGCCUGGUCAAAAAAACGAAGCCGGUUUUUCAUUUGAAGUGCCAGCCCAGCUGAGUCAAAGGUGUGUGGGGUACAACACAUGGAUGAGAAUUUGUACGAUGAUUUUGGUAACUAUAUAGGACCGGAUCUAUACGAAGAAGACGAAGAGGCGGAGGAAGAGCUGGAUUACAAUGAGAUCGAGGAUGGCCAGCAGAAUUUGGCCGCGGAUGGGGAUCAGCAGAAGCAGGACGCUGAAGGCGUCACGGAGAAGGGGGAUUUGUCUUCUAUGAAGCAGGUGAUAGUUCUUCAUGAAGACAAGCAAUAUUACCCGGAUGCGGAGACUGUCUAUGGUCCGUCAGUCAAAGUGACAGUGCAAGAGGAGGACACGCAGAAUAUAUCGGAGCCUAUCGUUCAGCCGGAGCGUUUUAAGAGGCACGAUCAUACUGAGCACCACGCCGAUGCGAAGGCGCCUAGAUGGUAUCCUACUGAAUUCGGGAAGACUUUCAUGGAGGGGUUGAUGUCUACGCCGGAACUAGUGCGUCAUGUGGCCGUGAUUGGCCAUUUGCAUCACGGAAAAACCGUUUUUUUGGACAUGCUUGUGAGGCAUACACACAAGGAUCGUAUCAGAAUGGGUGACACACGAAAGGAGAGAUUUACGGAUGCAAGAUACGACGAACAAGAGCGCGGAAUUAGCAUCAAGUCGACGCCGAUAUCACUGGUUCUUCCGAACCUUAAAGAGAAAGAUUAUUUGAUUAAUUUUAUGGACACGCCGGGCCACCCUAAUUUUUUCGAUGAGGUCACGGCCGCUAUUAGGCUUUGCGAUGGCGCGUUGGUCGUUGUGGAUGUGGUGGAGGGGAUGACACCCCAUUUGGAGAGUUUGAUUCAACAUGCCGUGCAAGAGCGUUUGGAUUUGACGUUUGUAAUCAAUCAGAUCGAUCGAUUGAUUCUCGAGUUGAAGUUACCUUUAGUCGAUGCGUAUCAUAAAAUUCGACACGUCUUAGAAGAGAUCAACCUGUUCGUAUCAAGCAUACCGCAUUCAUUGGAUAGAGAAUCAAUAGAUUCUUCGAUGUCGAAUGGGGAUACACAAAUCAAGCCACGAUUUUCUCCAGAAUAUGGAAACGUCAUUUUCGCGUCCGGAGAACACGAAUGGUCAUUCAGUUUAUUGCAGUUUGCCAAGCUCUACUCUGAUAUAUACCGGGUACCCCUUUCUUACGACCAGUUUGCUCGUCGGUUAUGGGGAAGCAUUUAUUACCAUCCAGACACGCUGUCGUUUUCAACCAAACCCCCAGAGUCUACCUCGGCGCCGGCUACGUAUACAUUUGUGCAAUUUGUGUUAGAGCCUAUAUACAAAAUUUACGCACAGGUUAUUGGUGAGGAGGCAGAUCGAAUGGCUGAGAACCUUCAAUCUCUGAACAUUCGCCUGACAAAGUCAGAGACGAAUUUGAACGUUCACCCCUUGCUAAACGUGGUCUUGAAGAACUUCUUUAAGGGUCAUCAUGGCCUGGUGAACAUGUUGGUGACGCACAUCUCUAGCCCCGUUGCCGCCGCGCCGCGCAAGGUGGCCCAUAUCUACAGCGGGCCAGGUGACUCUUUUUGCGCUCGAGCGAUGGAAAAGUGCGAUCCAGAGGGUCCGCUGAUGAUUCAUAUUUCCAAGCUAUAUCCAGAUCGCACCUCCGACCAUUUCAACGCGUUUGGACGUGUGUUCAGCGGCUGCAUUCGGCAAGGUGACCGAGUUAGGGUGCUGGGCGAAUCCUACGGUGAGAAUGAAGAAGACACAAAGUUAGAGCUCGUCAAGGGAAUUUUCACCUAUAAUGCUCGCUACUACAUCAGGCACACUCACGUACCGGCGGGAAAUUGGAUUGCACUCGACGGCGUCGACGACCUCAUUGUCAAGACUGCCACAAUUACCACACAAAAUAUUUCUCCAAAAAUGGAGAGGUACGAUAUUUUUUGUCCGCUACGUUUUUCGACUUUACCGGUAAUCAAGAUCGCCGUGGAGCCGCUAAAUCCCAGCGAGCUGCCCAAGUUAGUUGAAGGACUGCGCAAGGUGAACAAGGCAUAUCCGAUGCUGGUGACUCGAGUCGAGGAGUCCGGGGAGCGCAUCAUAUUGGGCACGGGAGAGAUGUACUUGGAUUCUGUCAUGUAUGACUUAAGAAAGGUUUUUACCGAUAUUGAGAUCAAGGUUGCCGAGCCUGUCGUGGUGUUCAGCGAGACGGUUGUGGAGACAUCCAGCAUCAAGUGCUACGCCGAGACGCCGAACAAGAUGAAUCGACUGACGAUGAUCGCGGAGCCGUUAGAAAAGGGACUGGCCACCGAUAUCGAGAGCGGAAAGAUCCAGUGGAAUAAGACGCCCAGCAAGGCGUUGCGUCACUUUCUAAAGACUCGAUACAAGUGGGACACGAUGGCUGCAAUCAACAUUUGGGCGUUUGGUCCUGAAUCGUACAGUCCCAAUAUUCUGGUCAACGAUACUCUACCAGACGAGGUCUGCCAAAAAAAGCUAUCUCAAGUACAAGACCAUAUCAUCCGCGGUUUUAAUUGGGCUACAAGAGAGGGUCCGUUAUGCGAAGACCCGAUUCGCAAUACGAAAUUCAAGUUAAUACAUGCCAACAUUGCUGAUGAGUCUAUACAAAGGAACGGUACACAGAUUAUUCCCACAAGUCGUCGCGUUGCUUAUAGCGCAUUUCUCACAGCUACCCCCAGAUUGAUGGAACCGGUGUAUUCUGUAUAUAUUAUAGCGCCAUACGAGUGUUUGUCGGCCAUAGACAGAGUUCUGGUCCGCAGACGUGGACACGUCGUUACUGAAAAGCCAAAACCAGGAACGCCCCUUUACACGAUUAAGGCCUUCUUACCCUGCAUUGACAGUUUUGGAUUCGAAACGGACCUGCGUACGCACACUCAAGGACAAGCGUUCUGUCUUUCUUCUUUCGACCACUGGGCAUUGGUUCCUGGAAAUCCUUUAGACUCGUCUAUAGUCCUCAAACCGCUCGAGCCUGCGCCUACUGCCCACCUCGCACGCGACUUCAUGAUGAAAACUCGUAGGAGGAAAGGUCUGGGUGAAGACAUCACAAUUAGCAAGUUCUUUGAUCAAGAACUUCUCGUACAAGUCCAAGAAGCAAAUAUUGAUUUGUUCCAAAUUUAGCAUAUAUUAUCAUUUCCACCCGCUCUUUUUGACAUCUAAA